AUGGAAAGAUCACAGCGAGCGAGUGGGUCGGAGGCACGGCCAUGGACCGAAGAAGAAGACCAGAAGCUCAUUAGAAGUAUAAACGAAUGGAAAACCGAAUGGAAAUCCGUAAUGGAAAGAUCACAGCGAGCGAGUGGGUCGGAGGCACGGCCAUGGACCGAAGAAGAAGACCAGAAGCUCAUUAAAAGUAUAAACGAAUGUAAGACCGAAAAUCGCUCUCUAUCUUGGCUAGAAAUCGCAUGGGAGACAGCGCUGGCGAGGAGUAGUUCGAGUUGUAGGAAGAGAUGGGAAUAUUUGGAGAAUAAGCAUUGA